AUGCAAAUUGAUCGUUAUCUAAUUUCUUACAGGUUGGAGACGGGUCUCACGCUCAUGUCUAGCAGAAAUAGCCUCACCCCACCGGCGCUUAUCGCAUCGUUCCACCUCCUCUGCCGGCAAUUCAAUGUUUUCCUCGUCUCUUUUGCCUAUCACCGGAUCAACAUCACUAUUCACGAAACGCUUUCCGAGCUAAACCAUUCGUGCAGCUCCUCAACGCUACGCCGCCGAAUAACUUUGCGCCAAGGCAUGGCGCUCCUUAAGGGAAAGUCCAGCCGCUGCCACCACGCACAUAUUUCCGCACUCGUCAGAUCCCUCUCAGACCCAAUGGGCUAUCCUCCAAUCUCCGGCGUCUCGGUUUGUCUCUCUGACGACCAGUCGGUGAGAAAUACGUCAGCUCCACAAAGCCGUCUCUGCUGCUCCUCCGGCUCGAAACUCCCACCGUCUCCAUUCCGCUGGCAACAAACCGGAUUACUGAUUUAG